UAUAUGUGACAUUGCAGCGGCAUUUGCCGAUUUAUGUAGGGAAAAUGGUGUCGAUGCGCCUUUGUGGAGGGACGUUUUCAACUGUCAAAUGAAAUGCGGAGAUAAUGAAGAAUAUUUGGCUAAUGGUCCAGGUUGUGAGAGGAAGUGUUUAGAGGGCGAUCAGAGAUACUGUAACACACCUAAAAGAGAAGGAUGUUUCUGUAAAAUUGGGUAUAUCAGAUGUAAUGGCACGUGUAGUAUUGGUAAAGAUUACUGUCCGCCUAGUUCUGACCCAAGGUACAGGGCAACUGAAACGUGCUGUAUGCAUAGCUCCUGGCAUUGGGCUCUUAUUGAUGGUAGCUACUUCACUCAGGACAUUCGUGGUGGGGAGUUAGUAAAACAUCUUUGCCCAAAGGGUCAAGUUUUUAAGGUGACCAGUCACAACGAAUGCAAAUGCAUAAAGGGCUGUAAAUGGUCAAACUGGGCUACUUGGAGCGAAAUCUGCCCAUUCUGCCCUAAGUCUUGUGAUGGUGGAUAUGUUACUUGUACACGUAUCAGGACCAGACAAGGGCCAUAUUGCACACCAAUAUCACCUAUAUCAGAGAGUGAAACAUCAACCAAAAUAUGUCCAAAAACAUGUUGUUGGUCAAACUGGGCUUCUUGGAGUGAGAAUUGCCCUUCUUGCCCUGACUGCCCUGAUUGCUCAAGCUGCGGUGGAGGAUCAGUAAUAUGCACACAUACUAGGACUAGACAAGGACCAAACUGUGCAACAAAUGUUCAGUUAGACACUAAAGUUUCGACCAAAACAUGUUUGUCACCACCAUGUUGUAUAUGGUCACCCUGGGCUAGUUGGAGCGUGAAUUGCCCAUUUUGUCCCAAGUCCUGUAGUGGAGGAUCUGUAAGUUGCACUCGAGCAAGGACUAGACAGGGACCAUAUUGCACACCAACGUCUCAAUCACAGAG